AUGGUCAACGUCCUGCAGUACUCCGCGCUUCUGGCUCUGGGCGUCUCCGCCGCUUCCGCCGGCCAGCAGACCUACUUCCAGGGCGACGGCACGCCCUACGACCUCAGCGGCGUGAACAUGGGCAACUGCGCCUUCAUGUCGUCGUGGAGCCAAGCGGCCACCAACUACGUGGCCGUGAACCAGGCGCAAUGGGACGGACUGACCCACUGCGGCCAGUGCAUCGAGGCUACGUGCAUCGACCCCAAGUGCAAGAACAAGAACUCGGCCGUGAUCCUGCAAGUCGUGGACCGCUGCCCCGAGUGCCGGUACGGCGACUUGGACAUGUCCCCCAGCGCGCUCACCAAGAUCGUGGGCCACAACCCGGGCCGCAUCAAAAUCGGCUGGAAGUACGUGGACUGCCCCAAUCCGGGCAACAUCAAGGUGUGCCUCAAGCAGGGCAGCAACCCGUGGUGGGUCGCCGUGCAGCCCACGAACACGCGCAUCGGCGUCAAGAGCGUGGCGAUCAACGGCAAGCCGGCCAAGCUGCUGGAUGGCGCCUACUUCUACUACAUCGAGAGCGGCGACGAGGUGCCCUUCAACAAACUCAAGGUGGACAUCACCUCCGUCGAGGGCGACAGGGUCUCGGGCACCUACUCCAUGUCGAUCGGCCAGUGCGUCGACACCAAGCAGCAGUUCUAA